AUGGCAGAGCUCGCGCUCGACGGCGGCAUUUCUCCUGUCGGCGUGACGGCACCCUUCCCGCUCUUCUCUCGCGAGGCCGUCACAGAGCUUCGUCGCGAGAUCCUUUCCGAGGAGGUCCUCGACAAGUACACCGUCUCGUCCUACAUCUCAGCGUUCCAGGGCCGCGAGUACCCGCAGCACGUCGCGCCGUUCGUCCACGCCGCCUGGACCUCGCCCGAGGUGCUCGCAGCCGUCAGCGACGCAGCCGGCAUCGACCUCGUCCCCGUCAUGGACCUCGAGCUCGGCCACGUCAACUACCAGCUCGCACAACCCGGCCGAGACGGCUUCCUCAACACGCCGCACGAGCCCUGGGCACAGCCGAGCGCGCCCGAGGACCAGAGGAGGAGGGCGCAGGAGCUCGCCGACGCCGACAAAGGCGAGGGCGCUACCAACGUCAUGUUCCACCACGACUCGUACCCGUUCGUGUGCGUGCUCAUGCUCAGCGAUUGCGAGAACAUGAUUGGCGGCGAGACUGCUCUCCGGACCGGUGACGGGCGCAUCGUCAAGGCGCGAGGACCGAGCGUCGGCAGCUGCGUCGUGAUGCAAGGGCGCCACAUCAGCCACGCCGCCCUGCGCGCGUACGGCGUCGGCGAGCGCAUCACGAUGGUGACGAGCUUCCGGGCACGCGAUCCGAUGGUGCACGACGGCUCGGUGCUCUCGACGAUUCACCCGGUCUCGAAGGCGAACCGGCUCAACUACCAGUGGUCGAUGUACCGCCUCAAGCUCUUGUCCGAGCGCUUCGCCGUCAUGGCGUCGCAGCUCGAGAAGAAGAAGGAGCUGCUGCCGGCCGACGACGACGACGACGGCCGGGGCGGGUCCGAGGUGGUCAACGUCGAGGAGAUGAGCCAGUGGAUCGACGAGCAAGUUUCGUACCUCGCCAACACGAAGAUGCAGCUCAUGCAGUAGAGCCUCGAGCAGUUUCAGUCCGUCGUGCAGUACAGCAGUGCCC